AUGCUUCUUCAGCCACGUCGCCUGUCCCUGAUCUCCCUGCCCGGGUCCCAAAUAAGACUCAACGGCGCAUGGACUCAACGGCUCAAAGCUCGCUGCAGCAAUGGAUCUGUGCAACCGCCAGCGACAGCACCAUCCAGGCGGCGCCCGCCAAGCAAGGACUCAAACGAGAAUGGGCGCCGCCGAGUCCCUGAUCCCACAUCAGGUCGCCCAGGCGCGCAUCAGCAAAUCCUCCAGCAGCGCGGUGGAGCCGACUCCUCCGACGGUCAGGGCAGCCAGGGGACAUCGCGACAUGGCGCCGUUGCCGCACCGGCUGUAACAACGCCGGCUGCCACCAACACAGUUUCUGGGAGGCACCUGAACCGCAGCGCACCUUCCAAUGUUGUUACACCACUUCAAUCCACCACAGCCGCCAACAGCGCCAUCAGUAACCACCACCUUGUCCACACUGGCACCUACAUCCAUAAUAGCUACGCACGCCCCGGAUCUGAGCCCUCGACUAACAGCCAACAGCUCCCCCCGGCCAGGCGGGGACAUGGGCCCCUAGAGCCGCAGCGGCGCGUCGAUCAGACCAAGCGACCCGCGGGUCAUGGCGGCGCCAGUUGGGACCAAAGGUCCUUCUCGGAUGACGGUAGCGGAAGCAGCACCCGCAGCAGCAGCACCUCGAUGGCUAACCCAUCGGAUGCGGCUCCUAAUCGCCAGCUUACCGGCUGGAAGUCAGAUGGGGCUGCUAAUGGCAGCGGAGGCGGCGGGGUCGGUGGCGGACGCAAGACUGCCAUGUCAUUCAAGGGGGCUGCAAAACAGAUUAAUGCGGACAUCAUGGAAGCUGGUCGCAAAGGCAACUGGCAGUUGGUUGCGCAGCACGGUGCGCAGUUCAACUCCGUGAAUGCGGCGACUGCGUUGCAUCGGUUGGGUUCCUGCGGGCUGCAACCGGGCAGCUGGGAGGCGAGGAAGCUGCUGACCGACCCACGGUUCGCACAACUGGAGCGCCUGGCGGAGGCACACGUGCCGUCCUUCGGCCCGCGUGAGGCUGCCAACUGCCUGUGGGCGCUUGCCAAGUUAGGCUGCGAUCCGCCGCCCUCAAAGGACAACGACGCCGACCUCAACCAGAGCUAUGGCGGCAAGGGCGAUGGAGCUCACUUAGGGGGCCUUAUGAGCCGCAGCCGCGGAGGCAGCGCAGUUGCUCCUGCUGCUGCUGCUGAUCAUGAUCACGAUCAUGAUGAUGGCACCGGCAGCACCGGCCGCAGCAGCGCCAGCAGCGAGGCUGGAGGGAGCUUGCUGGCGGCGCUGUGCGGCCGGAUGGAGGUCCUCCUGGAAUGCUUAGGACAACAGGAAGUCACGAACGUACUAUGGGCUCUUGGCACGCUAGGUCACCACCCUGGCGAGGCCCUGCUCCGGAACCUGAGUAUGAGGUUGCUGGGGCUGCUGGCGGAGGUGCCCCCUCAGGGGAUUGCCAGCUCCUUGCUGGGACUUGCCAAAUUAGGAUGGAGCCCGGGGCCUUAUGUGCUGGACCAGGUGGCCCGUGGGUCGGUGGCCAAGAUUGGAGAGUUCAAUGCGCAGGCUCUGUCCAAUACUAUGUGGUCCCUAGCGCGACUGGGCUACUACAAUCCCCAGCUUCAGGAUGCCAUGUUCCGACAGGCCCUAAGGCGCCUCUCGGAGUUCAGUCCUCAAGGGAUUUCCAAUCUGAUCUGGGCGGCCGCAACCCUAGGGCUGACAGUCGUGUCUGAGGGAGACGGGAACGGAAGUGGGAGACCAGGUGGCUGCGGUGAGGGUGAGAAAGGUGGCGGUAGUACUAUUCCGUCAGGCGAUGUUCCGGAGCCUCUGCUUCGGACCUUUUGCGACCAGGCCGCGGUGUCGCUGCAGAGCUACUCACCGCAGAACAUCUCCAACCUGCUGUGGUCCACCGCCAAGAUGGGCUACUUGCACGAGCCCCUGAUGCGAGCGGCAGCCACACAGGCGGCCGGACAGCUGGCAGCGGAGGUGGAGGAGCGGGAAGGCAGGGAGGAAGAGCAGCUGGAGGAGGAGGCGGAGGAGAAUGACAGAGGGGACAGCAGCGCCAGCGCCAGCAGCAGCAGCAGCAGCAACAUGCGUAGACGAGAUGGGGACAGAAGGGGAGGAGGAGGUGGCGGCAGGGCUACCGGAGCUUGGAACUCUCAAGAGGUUGCGAAUGCGACAUGGGCCUACGCGACAUUGGGGUUUCAGCCAGGGGCCGAGUUCCUCAAACAGGUGAGUCCAAAGGGUGGUUCGAGCUUCUUUGGUUUUUCGCGUUGGCGUCGGUCGGCUAGCCGGAAUAGAAUAGUCGGUCCCGAGUUGUGGGGGCAGAUGAUGGAGCUGUUGGGGCGGCUGGCGGGGCAGCGGGGGCAUGCUGGAGGAGGAGGAGGAGGAGGAGGGGAGCGGCUGAUGGAGCUGCCGGAGGAGGCUAUGCGGCAGCUAUACCAGGCCUACAUGAACGUGCGGUGCGACUACCCCACAGCAGUCCUGGCGCCAGGGCCCCCAGGGCUGUUACAUCGUGCCGCUGAGUUGUGGCGGUUUCGGAGCGUGUGGGCCGUACAAGUUUCCGGACUGCAGCAAUCGGUUUCGGAGGCGAUGACGCGCUUGGGCCUGAGUCACACAGUUGAGUGGCUCGUUGACAAUGGGGACUUCUCAAUCGAUCUGGCGAUGGAGCUGGAGAUACCUGUGGAGACGGCGGUGCCUUCGCACGCGACACAGCUACAGCGCGGCCAGCAGCGGCAGCAGCAGCAGCAGGAGGGGCGAUGGAAUCAGGCAACGUGGCCGCCGGAAGGAUCAGUGAAAUACAGCCGGCUACGUUCGAUUGUCACGCGCAUGCGCUCCUACCCGCACCCCCAUCUUCUUCCUCUCAUGUCCUGGACGAUCCUUCCUCAUCUGCUUGACAUGUACGACCGCUGUACGUCUCCACCUACCCCGGUUCUGCACCUUAUUGACAUAAUCAAAUUUCCAUCACCAGGGAAAUCGUUAGGUAUGGAGGCCGCAUAUUCCGGCGGCAUCGACAGGGAGAUUGGCAGCCGCACCAGCUCCAGCAGCAGGAGCAGAAGCAGGAAAGCAGCCACAAAAGUCUUGCGCGUGGCAGUGGAGGUGGACGGUCCCACGCACUUCACGUCCAACACGCGCCAGCCUCUGAGCACCACCCUCUACCGCCGGCGCUGUCUGGAGGCUCGUGGCUGGGUGGUGGACGCAACAGCAGCAGUGGAGCGGGUGCUGCUGCCCAUAGAACUAGACUUCAUGCAGCCGGUGGUGGUGGUGGUGGUGGCCGUGAUAUUAUGGAUGAUGUUGGUGGUGGCCUUUGUGGCGAUGAUGGCGAUGAUGGCGAUGAUGGCAACGGCAGCAUUGUUGGUUGCGCAGCACGGUGCGCAGUUCAACUCCGUGAAUGCGGCGACUGCGAUGCAUCGGUUGGGUUCCUGCGGGCUGCAACCGGGCAGCUGGGAGGCGAGGAAGCUGCUGACCGACCCACGGUUCGCACAACUGGAGCGCCUGGCGGCGGGGCACCUACCUUCCUUUGAUGGUCCUGAGGUGGCCAACUGCAUGUGGGCACUUGCCAAAUUAGGAUACCGGGCGCCAGCGGCAGUGGCCAAGAGCCAGGGCAGGCGUGCGGUCAGCACGGGAGCCAGCGGGAGUUUGGGCGGCGGGGGGAGUGGCAGGGCGUUGCUCCUACAGGGCUUGAGCGACCGGGCAGGACUUGUGCUGCAACAGCUCACAUCUCAGACGGUGGCCAAGACCUUGUGGGCACUGGGGAGAAUGGGCCACCACCCUGGCGAGGUCCUGCUCCGGAACCUGUGCGACCGCCUGCUGCAGGUGCUGCCCCAGGCGAGCCACCAGGACGUGUCGAACUCAUUGCUGGGACUUGCCAAAUUAGGAUGGAGCCCGGGGCCUUAUGUGCUGGACCAGGUGGCCCGCGGGUCGGUGGCCAAGAUUGGAGAGUUCAAUGCGCAGGAGCUGUCUAAUAUGAUGUGGUCCCUAGCACAUGUCAAACACUGCAACGCCAAGCUGCAGACCGCCAUAUUCCAACAGGCAGGUUUCUACCACCGGUUGCUAGCCUGCUGGUUGGCUUCAUGGUACCGCAGGGCACAUGACGGCGCGUCUGCAGCUGCUGCUCACUUCACCUACCAGGAGCUGUCCAACCUGCUGUGGUCCACCGCCAAGAUGGGCUACUUGCACGAGCCCCUGAUGCGAGCGGCAGCCAGACAGGCGGCCAGACAGCUGGCAGCGGAGGUGGAGGAGCGGGAAGGCAGGGAGGAAGAGCAGCUGGAGGACGAGAAUGGCAGAGGGGACAGCAGCGGUGGCGGUGAAGAGGACGACCUGGCGGCGGCGGAGUGCAGGGCAGCAGCCAGCCGGCCUUCAGCUCGAGGUUGUGUUCGGUCCUGGUCCAGCCAGGCGGUGUCCAACACCACUUGGGCUUUCGCCACGCUGGGGCUGCACCCGGGCGUGGAGUUCCUGAACCAGCCCUGUCCAUGUGUGCAGCUACAAGUGGCAGGAGGUCGCCAACACGGUGUGGGCCCUGGCCUCACUGGGACACCGGGACACGGAGGCGCUGAGGGAGGUGGAGAGGGAGGUGGCGGACAGGAUCAGAAGCGGGAGCGGGAGCAGCAGCGGGAUCAGGAACACGAGGGGAAGGGAGAAGCAGGGCGGGGACGUGAUGGAACCACUGACGCCAUCAAGAAGCCUCCAGGAAGAGGACGAGGAGGAGGGAGUGGCGGAGGGAGCGCACGAGGAUCGCCCGCAGAGCAGUUCAGCAAGCAAGAGAUUAGCAACAGCGUUUGGGCGGCGGGGAGGCUGCAAGUGUACGACCCACGGGUCAUGGACGCCGUGGCGGAGCACGUGUGUGCACACCGUCUGCCGUACUUGAAGCCCCAGGAAGUGGCGAACAUUGCUUGGGCGUUUGGGGCCCUUCGGCACGCGCAUAAACCCCUGAUGGAUGGUCUGGUGCGGCGCGCUGUACAUUUCAUGUCGACACCGCCAUCCUCCUCGUCAUCAUCAUUAUCAUCACCAUCUUCAUCGUCAUCGUCAUCAUCACUAUCAUCGGCGACACCGUUCCAGAUAUCGCCAUCCAUGCCGUUGCUAUCGCCUUGCCCCUCUUCAUCGUCGCCAUCCGCACACCGUCGCUAUGAUAACCCACACGACGAGGACGUCGUCACGCGGCGUCCUCCCGUCAGUGGCUCACUCAAGAUGCAGGAGCUGGCGAGCAUCUGUGGCGCUGUGGGGCUCUUUGGUUGGCGCUACCCGGCGUUAUUGGAAGCCACCACGAGGCGACUUACGGCAUACAUCAACCAAGCAACCCAAUCAACUUCGCCAUCGGCACCGACUCCGCGGCAUGAAACGAUACAGGGUAUCCAGCACCAGCACCAGCAGCAGGAAGCACACCGUGCUGAGCGCUGCCAGCCGCAGCAGCAGCAGCAAGAGCUGAAGGCCCGGGAUAUUGUCAACCUCUCUUGGGGUCUGAGCCUGGUUGGUGGUUGCAGUCCCGAGUUGUGGGGGCAGAUGAUGGAGCUGUUGGGGCAGCUGGCGGGGCAGCGGGGGCAUGCUGGAGGAGGAGGAGGAGGGGAGCGGCUGAUGGAGCUGCCGCAGGAGGAGCUCGUGCAGAUUUACCAGACUUUCUUACACGUGCAGCUGGACUUUCCUGUCACUACUGCUACUGCUGGUCCUGAUGCUGGUGGUGGACUUCACACCAGUCCUCCUGGGCUGUUGGUGGCGGGUCGUGAGGCCUGGCGGCAGCUGAGCCAGCAGGGGGCGCAGGUGUCGAGCUUCCAGUGGGAGGUGUCCAAGACGCUUACCCGGCUAGGGCUCAACCACAGCGUGGAGCUGCUCACCAGUGGCGGGAAGUUCUCCAUUGACUUGGCGCUGGAGCUGGUGGCAGAGGUAGAAAUGGAGAUGGAGCAGGCAAAGGAGGACAAUAUGGAGAGCGGGGAGGUGAUGGGGCCUGCAGCGCUCACGGAGCAACCCAAGCAACAGCAGCCGCAACCCCACCUCCACUACCAGCCUCGAGGCCGGGAUGAGGGGAAGCGACGAGGCUCGUGGCUGGGUGGUGGUGAGUGUGCCGUACUGGCGCUGGAGCUCCGGCGGCUGUAG